UCUAGAUUGUAGGUAUUUCAUCUACUCGUGGUUUAUGGCAGUUCCGUUGUUACGCAAUUUCUUUUUCAGAGUAAAAUAAUUUUUUGAAAAGUAUCUAAGUUAUAAAAUUUCAAAGGAAAUGGCACAGUUGCCAACAGGAGUAAUUACUCACAGCCAAAAAGUAUGUAGAGUAUACAAAAGUGCUGUACGCGCUGUGGAGGACUGGUAUAUAGAGAAAGAUAAAUUCAGGUACGAAGCAACUUUACUAAGGCAGCGGUUUGAACAAAAUAGACAUAUAAAAGAUGCCCGUGUCGCAAAAAAGCUUCUAUUGGAUGCCGAAAGCGAAAUAUUGCGGAAGAGACAUUAUACGCCAAGAAGGUUUCCCGAUUCUUUUGGCGGACCACUUUAUAAGAAUUGGAUACAUCCACCAGACAGUGCACUCGAUUUUUGGGAUCCAGUCGAAAAAGCUAGAUAUCCGAAAUAUUUUGCGAAGAGAGAAGAACUCAAGAAGGAAUACGAACAGUUAUAUCAUAGAUUGUAUCCUGCGAAAAAUGUAGAAGUUGAAAAAGAAAAAGAAAAAAGUAAAGAUGAAAAGUGAAUACUUGUAGCGAAAUUGAUCUUUACGUUACUAGAAUAAAUCUGCUUAGGUACAUUAGGUAUACCAUUUAUGUGCACAUGUGGAUAAUAAUAAAUAGUAAUAACUCUGGUAA